CCUCAUGUGUCGUCGCUGGCUUGCUAGCUUGUAAUGAAUGUUGGGUUUAAAGGACUGCAGCAAUAUGUUUUAACAAGGAUACAAAAAUGCUACAGGACAGCGGAACGGCGCCAGGAUGAAAAGGCACAGUCACAGGAGAAAAAUACGCAUGGACAGUUCUGGUCCGCGCUCUGCUUGCUCCAUGUUUGCGUUGCUGGUGGGAGGCUCGCAGGUUUUGGGCCUGACAUCAGUGGUGCUGACCGGAGUGUGGAUGGGUCACUAUCGCGGGGGCUUCGCGUGGGACGGCUCUGAACAGGAGUUCAACCUGCACCCUCUGUGCAUGGUGCUGGGCCUGGUCUUCUUGCAAGGAGACGCGAUCCUGGUUUAUCGAGUAUUCCGCAACGAGGCAAAGAAAAAUGUGAAGCUGCUUCAUGGCAUCAUUCACUUGCUCGCCCUCAUCAUCAGCAUCGUUGGUAUUGUAGCUGUGUUCGACUCCCACAGAGCAGCCAAGUAUCCAAACAUGUACUCCUUACACAGCUGGUGCGGGAUGGCUACUUUAGUCUUAUUUAGCUUGCAGUGGGUCAUGGGUUUGUUGUUCUUCCUGUUUCCUGUCUCGUCGUCAUGGUUGCGAGCCUCGUACCUCCCCGUCCAUGUGUUCUGUGGUCUGGUUCUGCUGGCUAUGGCUGUCGGGACCAGCUUGCUUGGUAUCACAGAGAAACUCCUCUUCAGCAUCAUGUCUACUUAUUCCACGUUUCCCCCCGAGGGGGUGCUGGCCAACGUUUUGGGUGUCCUGCUUGUGUGCUUCGGCCUGCUGUUGGCCUACAUGAUCACCAGGGAUGAGUACAGACGGCCACCCAAUCCAGAGGAGGAGUCUUUGGCGGUGCACUUUAAGACCCUGACUGAAGGAGGUUCACCCACCAUGCCUUAAGUCACCUACUUUUAUUGACGACGCCAACUGAAGACAUUAUUUCAGCCAUGAAAUACAGUGGAACCCGCUUAUGUUGACAACCUGUCUAUGACAACCGGCUCAUCAAGACCUGAUCCACCAUGUUUUUGUUAUUACUCAAAAGUACUCGGUAUCUUGACGUCGUCAUACGUGGUCGACCACUUUUGUAGACAUAAAAUUUGAGCGUCCGAGGGGUCAUUUCUAUGAAAUCUUGUGUUGUAGAAUUGUCCACUACGUCAUUAUCGUUAGCAGCGUCCAACAACAACAACAGCAGCAUCAUUCCUGUCUAGUUCAGGGGCGCUCAAAUAUGGGCCACAUUCAGAAAAAUGUAAGAAUAAGGGGUCCUCUCUGAUAUUUUCUUGUAUUUUUUUAUUUAAUUAAAAUGAAAUACAAUUUUAUUUAAUUUAAAUGACUUAUUUAGAUAAUUAUUUGUAUUAGUUAUUUGUAUUAAUUAUUAAAUAUGUUAGUUUGAUAUUUUUUUCAACUUUUUAUAUUUUAAAUGUGGCCCUAAUCCUCCUCCUUCGUGUUUCAUGUUUCAUUUUAGGACUAUAAUAUUCCCUGGGGGCCAACAAAAAUCAAGCUGUGGGCCACAAAUGUCCCCCAGGCCGCACUUUGGACACCUCUAGUCUAGUUACACAGCAUUCGUCAACAUAAACGGGUCCUACUGUAUGGAGUUAUUAGCCACUUCAUUAGGUAGGCCUUAUCGAGGAAGAUUUGAUACAAGAGCUGCAUCAAAAUUAAAUACAGAGGAUCCCCGCAAAUUCACGCUCCAGCAUCCGCAACCCCUUAAACUGUUGGAUUUUUGAUGAAUGCAUUUUUAGUUUUCGUAUGUUUUUUGCGUAUAAUCUCAAGAGCCAAAUAUCCAACGUGAAACUAACUUCACCACGGCACACCACAGCAUGGCGGUGUUGCGUUUUCCUUCUUCUUGCGGGUGGUGGGAGUCGAGGGGCAACCAUCUUUGAGGCGCAUUACCGCACCUACCGUGUUAUACGGCAACCAGAUCCAUAUUACCCGAUCUUCAAAAUACAGCGGAUCGGCGGCAGGUGGGAUCGGGACACCCCUAUAGGCUACGCUGACUUUUUUGUUCAUACUGUCACGACAAACAUUCUCUACCAGAUUUCAUGUCGAUCCAUGAAACUGGUGGCAAGUUACAGGGGCAAAUGUCGCAAAAGUGCAUAUGGCUCGGGUCCGCCAAAAUUUAUAAUUUUUCGCCGUUGCUGAUGCAUCUACAAAUUUUGGUAUUGUAUUUUACUCAUCAAAUGAUGUCGGGUAGGCGUACCUAUUGAAGUGUCCACUCUUCACAUCUGUAACUUCCUGUUCUCUAUAUCAUGUCAUCCAUCAAACAUGGAUUUUUCGUGGACAUUGUCAAGGAAUACCAAACAUGGAAAUUACACAUGCUAACUCUAUUACUGCACGUGAUUUCGGGUUUUUUUGCAGGAUUUUGGUGGGGUGUUUGAGAGGUAAUGUUACAGCAGCAGUGAUGCAUCAUCCAGCGCUUAUUUGUUAGACCGUAAGACUGCUGUGUUGUUUCAAUUCUGACAUAAGUGGAAAAGGAGACUUCAUCAUCACGCUGUCCCUGUGCAGCCAUCAGUAAUAAUAAUAAUGAGGAUGAUAAUUGCUUUGCUACAUUUUGCAAAACAGUACAAAUGACAAAUUGUAGACUAGUGUGGUGAUGUAAUUGCUUGAAAGAAAAACUGCUACAAAACCAUGUAUGGAAUUCCCUUUAUUUGAAAUGUCAAGUCAAUAGUUUGUCGCCAAUAAGAAAGAUUUGCUCGAGUCAGAAGAUGAUUUCAUUUGCUCGCAAAUCUAAACGUGGUAUUUCCUGGCUAUUUAAAUACAUAUGUUGGAGUUGAACCUUUAUUUUCUCUGUACUUUGUUUUUAGACAGGAACUUGUCUUUAUUUGAAGACUGAAGUACCAUUUUGAUAUACUGUAUAAUGGACGCCACAGACAGGAGGCGACAAGCGAUCGUGACCAGCUACACAGGUGAGCGACGCGUUCACACCCAGAGCGAACCGGUCGAGUCUCCCGCGGUCUGAUUGGCUGUCAAAUGUGGAGGGACUUUCCGGGUAUCAAAGCAGUUCAGAGGAGGCAACGCGGCUGGUGUUGAUCGAGCGCUCUUGCUAGUACCGGAUCUUGCUAGUAUUGAAGAUAAACUUACAUAAAUGUCCGUGUAAAUUAAUGUAAACUUGCUAGAUAUGUUUACUCUGGCGCCGACGAGUUCCCAAGCCGCUGCUUUUGUCGUUAAAUCUCUAUAUUGUUUUUUUAGAAGUGUAAAAAUAUCUGACAGUACAGCGUAAUGAUUAGCAUUCUGUCCGCUCAUUGGUCGAUCAAUGAAACUCCCGCUGAUUGGUCCUCGUCUGGGCUACAGCGACGAAAAGAUUAUAUUUUUUUCAACUUUCUGGGAUCGCGUCACGAGCACAAACUUUCACAUGCACGAAUUUCGCGUGUUGCUUGGCUGGACGGUGACACGCGAUAACCGCCCAAUGGCGCAGGUUCCAUUGAAAAUGGAAGGAGUCGAGGCGAUAUCGCCUCCCGUUUGUGGCGCACUUUUUUAUAGUUUGGCUGGUCCUGCCACUUAUAGUCAAGUUUGACCAAUAUACAAAAAAAAAAACAUGUUUUAAAUAUUAAUUCAUACUGACUGACAUGAGCCAAUGAGUGGUCAUUACAGUCGAUAGCCACCAGUGGGCGCUCUAGGCUUGUAACAACUAUAUGCUCUGUGUGCUAUUUAACUUGCCUUUGCAGAUUAUAAAUGUCUGUUCUCGAAAAUUAAAUGUGAUUUAUAGCCCAGUGCGACUUAUUUGUGUUUCUCUUUCUCUUCAUGAUGCAUUCUUUUUGACUGACACUGCGGAGCGACCUAUAUGGUGAAAUACGUUAAAUGUAUUUUCCAUCAGUGACUUUUUGUCUUUGUGUGAUGUUUAAAAAAUACAGCCUUAAAACGUACCGUCCGUGUCUUUACAUUACUGCCUAUUUGCAAACGGCUUACAAAUGGAACAGAGAAAUAUGGAGGCUAAGGAAGCUAGGCUAAUGAAUUAAUGUGUGAAACAAAAGUAGUUUGGUGAAUAAAUAAGAAAAUGUCUUCAAAGAAGUUAGAGCAUAGAAAACCUGUUUGACUUUCUAAAUACGAUUUAUAUCAUUACUACAGCCCUGUAGACAUGAAAUAAUACUUCUAAAGUCACUUUUACACUCCUUUUAUUCAUCGUUUACACCACAGUGCACAACCCUUAAUUACUACAGGUAUUUGAGACGACUGCUAGCUAGCGGGCUAACCAGUUAGCCUCGAAUUUAUUUCUUCUAAACUUAAAGGGUUUUAAACAGAGUGGAGAAGAAAGAAAGAAGCCAAAAACGUAACACUUCCUCAUGGAAUGAGAUCUCAGCCAUAGCAUGUCAGCUCUGCAGCCAUUUUACAUGCAGAGUGAUCACUGUUGCCAGUUUUUAAGUAAGAAAAGUAGCUAUUGGCUGUCGUGGAAGUCGCUAGCUGUAAAAUGCUGUAGGAUAAAAAGCAGAAUCUCAUAGCAAAGACCAAAAAAAAGUGUGUAAAAACACCUUAAUUAUGUUUUGAACAGAUUAUGCUGUGUUUAUUAACACCGUAUUUCAGAAAAAGAACAUCAUACCAACAGUAAAAUAUGGUGGUGGUAGUGUGAUGGUUUGGGGCUGUUUUGGAAGACUUGCUGUGAUAAAUGGAACCAUGAAUUCUGCUGUCUACCAAAGGACAGAAGGAGAAUGUCCGGUCAUCUGUUCGUGACCUCAAACUGGAGCCACCUUGGGUUCUGCAGCAGGACAAUGAUCCAAAACACACCAGCAAGUCCACCUCUGAAUGGUUGAAGAAAAACAAAAUGAAGACUUUGGAGUGUCCUAGUCAAAGUCCUGACCUGAAUCCUACUGAGAUGCUGAGGCAUGACAUUAAAACGGCUGUUCAUGCUGGAAAACACUCCACCGUGGCUGAAUUAUAACAAUUCUGCAAAGAUGAGUGGGCCGAAAUCCCUCCAGUGCUGUAAACGCUUGAUUGCAGUUUUUGCUGCUAAGGGUGGCCCAACCAGUUAUUAGGUUUAGGGGGCAAUCACUUUGUCACACAGGACCAUGUAGGUUUGGAUUUUUUUUUUUUCCUCCUUCAUAAAAAGUUUCAUUUAAGAACUACAUUUUGUGUUCAGUUGUGUUGUCAUUGACUAAUAUUUAAAUGUGUUUGAUGAUCUGAAACGUUUAAGUGUGACAAACAUGCAAAUAAACAAGAAAUAAGGAAACGUGCAAACACUUUUUCACACCACUGUGUAUAAUGAUGCUCCUCAUUCAUUUUAAUAGAGUUAUACGCCAAUGUGGUCUCAGGAGGACUAGAACAUUUUAAUAUCAUCAUCUAGCAAACAUGAGCAGAAG